CCGGGGAAGCUCGUGCAGGCGGGCAGUGAGGAGCGCUGUGCACAAGGGGGCGAGGGGGUGGGGCAAGGGAGCGGGGGAGGCGUGGCAGGGGAGAAGCCGUUCCGUCUUCCUCCUCUUCCUCUUAUUUGCCUUCUCCUGUCCGUCCUUCCACUCUCCAUGCCUCCCUCCUCUCUUUCUCUCUCUUUCCCUCCUUCACUUCUCCCGUCCGCCCGUGCUCCCAGCCUCCCUCCUCCGUACCACUCUCCCACCCACUCUUUCUUUCAUCCUCCUGCCUCUCUUCCACCCUGCCACUCUUCUUUUCAGACUGCCACCUUCCGAGCUUCUUUUAGUCCACCUUUCCGUCUCACCCACUUGUCCUCUCCCAACUUGAUCCUCACAUCCUCCCAUCCCCCCUUCUCCCCUUCCACCCUCCAACCCUUGCGCUCAUCCUCCCUUCGUCUCACCCUCCUUUUUUCUCAUCCUCCCAUCCUCCCUCUCUUCCCUCCCCCCUCCCUUCCUCCUGUCCUCCCUUCCUCCCUUCCUUUCUUCCUCUCUUCCACCCUCUGCCCUACUCUCUGCUUCAGUGUCUUUCUCCCCUCUCUUUCCCCUUUCCUCCCUCCCUUCAUCUCAUCCUCUCUUCCGCCCUUCCUCCUUGUCUCCCUUGCUCAUUUCUCCCUCCUCAUAUUCCCUGUUCCCUGCGUCCCUCGCUGCCAUCCUCCCUUCCUCUCAGCCUCCUCACUUCCUCUCGUCAACCAUUCCUCCGCACCCUUCUACCCUGCCACGCCUAUACACUCCUACCUUGUUCUAGGGGCUUGUUUCUUCACGUCCCCAGCACCGCCAGCACUCGCAGAUGCGGGCACAUGGGGCCCCUUGCGCGCCGAGUCAGAGGAGGCACCUUGCGCAGAGGGGCGUCGCGAGGAGCAGCGCUGUGACGCUGGUGCCAGGGAGGCUGCCAGACCCACCGGGCUGUGCAGGGCGGACGCACCAGCAGCAGCACUGCCUCCGGCACCUGUGCCUGCAGCUGGAGAAACGGGAGCAGCGGCGGCAGCAGGAGCAGCAGGCGCAGCAGUGAGAGUGAGUGCAGGAGGCGGGGGCGAGGCGCCAAUGGUGAAGGCAAGAGAGGGCGGGGAGAAGGUGGAUUGA